UUGGCGGUGAAAGGAGAGAGGGAUGAGGGGAUCGAUGGACGGGGAGAUGGAGACAGAGGGGGAGAUAGGGAUGAGGGGACUACAGAUGUGAGGGUUAAGCACUUGAUUAUCGCCAGGACUUUCAAAAUGACCGACACGUCUGUCGACUUAAGCGGUAAGUCAUCCGCAGCAAUGCGAAAGCCUUACAGCACUCAACACGACGUCCUUCUAGAGGACGAUCUCGAGUCGAAGAAUCCGUUCAAACUCUUCCAUAUCUGGUUCGAAGGCAUCAAGAAUUGCGGCAAAGUUUACGAACCAAAUGCCGUCUGUUUGGCAACGAGUGAUAUAAACGGUCGUCCGUCCGCUCGUAUGGUUCUCCUGAAAGCCUAUGGAAAUGAAGGCUUCACUAUAUUUACUAACUAUGAGAGCCGCAAAGGACAGGAAAUGAUUGAAAACCCAAAGGCGUCGUUGCUUUUCUAUUGGGAUGUCUUCAACAGACAGGUCCGCAUCGAAGGCACCGUCGAGAAGGUGUCCGAAGCGGAAUCCGUCGAAUACUACGGCUGCAGACCGCGUGCGAGUCAGAUAUCGGCACGAAUUAGUCAACAAAGUCGUGCCGUCGAGAGUAGGGAUAAGAUGCUGGAGAUCUACAAACAGGAAGAACUCAAAUAUCCAACACAAGUGCCAAAACCCGACUUUUGGGGCGGUUUUCGUAUAAUUCCCGACGCAUUCGAGUUCUGGUCGGGACAGACAAAUAGACUUCACGACAGAAUCCGAUUCUUUAGAGCCGAUUCCGUGGAGAAAGUGGACGGAAAGCUGACUAAACUGGGCGAAGAGGGCUGGGCUUACCAGAGACUUCAACCAUAGAGGUGUUCAACUAUUCAGGUGUUUGUCUUCCAUAUACUUUAUAUUAUCGUUGAUUGAAUGAUAUGUUUUUGUUAGGAAUUGAUUUCAUUCCAAAU